UUAACUUCUUUUCUGCUGAAACCCAGAAUACACGCUUUGGGCCACAUCGAAAACUGAAAAUAUGAGUCGACCAAACCCUUUAGAAGGUCUUCCCAACCCCGAGGCUUUGUAUGAAUCCUGGUGGCCAAUCAUUAUAGCCUUCGCCAUUGGUAUUGGUUACGCUUUAAGACAAUAUAUGAGAGGAGCUCGUUGUAUGACAGAUUUAAAACUGACAGGGAAAGUAGCAAUUAUAACUGGUGGCACAAAAGGUAUUGGAAAAUGGACAGCACUGGAUAUGGCCAAAAGAGGUGCCAGAAUUUAUAUUUGUGGUAAAAACAAAGAAGAAGGAGAGAAAUGUGUUGAAGAAAUGAGAACAACUGCAAAAAAUGAAACCAUCUUUUUUAUCCCAUGUGAUUUAAGAUCAUUUAAAGCUGUCAGGGAUUUUGUGGAAGCCUUUAAAAAAAAGGAGACCACUCUUCACUACCUGAUACACAAUGCUGCUGUAAUGAUGUGUCCAAGGGAAGUUACUGAGGAUAAUUUUGAAUCUCAAUUCCAAGUAAAUUUUCUAAGUCCAUUUCUAUUGACACAUUUGUUGUUAGACAUGUUAAAAUCAUCAAAACCAUCUAGGAUAAUUAAUUUAGUGGCACCUGCUUAUUCACUAGGAGAAUUAAAAUGGGAUGACAUUAAUUUAGAAAAAGAUUACACAACAUCAGCAGGGUUUGGACAGAGUAAACUAGCAUUAGUCCUUUUUGGAAUAGAUCUUGCUCAGCGUUUGGACAGAGAAGGAGUCUCUGUACAUCAAGUUCUGCCUGGUAUUGCCAAAACCAAAAUUUAUAGACACAUGCCAUUCCAACAGAGUGGAUUUAUUGCAAUGUCAUUUGCUCCUAUUACAUGGUUUUUGAUGAAAACAGCAGAUGAUGGUGCUCAGACAGUCUUAUACGCUGCUUUAUCAGAACUAGCUGGAAAAACUAGUGGACUUUUAUAUAAGGAGUGUGCAAUUACAGAAUAUGAUGACAAAGUUAAGAAUGACGAUUUACAGAAAAAGUUAUGGUCAGAAGCCAUGAAGAUGACAAAUAUAAAAGAAUUUGGAGUUAUAGAAUGAUGACACUGUAUUCCUGUUGUAAAAAGAGAUCUGAAAUAUCAAUCACUUAUUUCAAAUUUAGUAAGGGUUGCUUCAGGGAAAGAUCAAGUACAUGAUAUUAAGAUUUACAGCUGUUUUUAGUUGUCAAAUAUUUUGCAAUAAGAAACCCUGUACUUUUCUUUUUCUUUUUUUAUUUAUAUGCAUUGGUUGUGAAUGAUCACUUGAAUAUACAUUUACAGUAAAGAAUUAUUAUUCAUGAAGAAACCAUUUUUGAGCAUUUUUUUCAUUAAUAGAAUAAGAAAGGAGAAGGAAUAAUAAGGCCACCUUUUUUGCCCCUGAAUUUGAAAAUUAAGUUUUAUUAAAAAUCUGCCAAAUAGCAUACUUCAGAAGUUUUUAUGACAUUAGACUAUCAAUCAUGAGUAUUGAUGUUUUUAAAUUUUGUCUUUCUUUUUUGCCUUAGAGUUUUAAACAUCUUACAUUUUGUGCUUAACUGUAAUUUAGCCUCAUUGAGAGAUAUGAGCCAAUGCUUUAUCCAAAAAUAUAUAUUGCUACAAGACAUAUUAUAUAUAUUUGGAACAAAAACCAGUUGGAAAUUGGCCAUUUUUGGAGAAAUGUCAAUUUUGACAUAUUUAUGAUGUCAUGAUGACAUCACAACUGACCUUUCUUCACGUAUGUGUCAAGAUAAUAUCAGCUUGUUCAUUUAUCAAUAAAAUUAACAUAAUUUUAAAAGUAUAAUUUAACCUUUAUAAUAAUUGAAAUUUCAGUGGCCAAAUAAUGAUCAUACCUCUCCCUUUAAAUCUAAUGGAAGGGAUUUAUAAUGUGCAAAGCAUGAAACCAUAGUAGAAAAUCCAUCAAAGAUCACUUAUCCCACAAGAUCAUUGAAUGCAAGUACUUUUGCUGAAGUAUUUUGAAAAGCCAUAUACAGCAAAUAGUUUAGAUAUUUUACAGUAUAAGAUUGAGGGUAUUUUGUUGAUAGAGGGUAGAUAUAUGUAUAGUAGACUAGAAAAUGAAUAAUUUUCAGCAAUUUUCUUUUUUCCAUUUAAAUACACAGUGCAUAAUACAUUUAUAUGAUCAUACAUUUAUAAAAGUAUAUAUAUUUACAAUAAACUGAAAGAAACAUG